UGAUUCUACGCCUAUUAGCAACGAGAGGUAGAGUGGAUUGCAUCUGAGGUGGGAGAGCUUGGUCUUGGUUAGCUAGUCUGAGAUUGAGUCGGCGUUUCGUUCCAUGCAUAUCCCAGUGAAAUGAGCUGCUGGUCCGCAUAUGAUACGCUCGAUGCAGAUUCUGCCCGUCAACAUUGAUUAUUAAAUACAUUGUAUUACCAUUGUAGACUAUUAUUGUUAAACAGUAACGGGAGUCUUUGUCAUAUCAUAAAAACAUUGUUGUAUUUUGAUUUUUUUUUUUAAAACCCACCUUUUUAUUUAUAUUUUAUUCCAUGAUCGCGGUAUGAUUUGUCGUGAUUUGAUGGUUUGAUGGGGCUUUUACGGAUUAUGAUGCCUCCCAAGUUUCAGCUACUGGCGGUCUUGGCGUUUGGAGUGGCGAUGCUUUUCCUGGAGAACCAAGUCCAGAAACUGGAGGAAUCUCGGGGCAAGCUUGAGAGGGCCAUUGCAAGGCAUGAAGUGCGGGAGAUUGAACAGCGCCACACCAUGGACGGCACUAAAGAUGUGGUUUUAGAUGAGAGCGAUGAUGUGGUCAUUAUUUACAACCGGGUCCCUAAAACUGCAAGCACCUCCUUCACAAACAUUGCCUACGACCUGUGCGGCAAAAACAAAUACCACGUCCUGCAUAUCAACACCACCAAAAACAACCCUGUGAUGUCCUUGCAAGACCAGGUUCGAUUCGUGAAGAAUGUAACGUCUUGGAAGGAGAUGAAGCCUGGAUUCUACCAUGGACAUGUAGCCUUUUUAGACUUUGCAAAGUUUGGAGUGAAGAAGAAGCCCAUCUACAUCAAUGUAAUCCGGGAUCCUAUCGAGCGAUUGGUGUCCUAUUAUUACUUCCUACGCUUCGGGGAUGAUUACAGGCCUGGGCUUCGGAGGAGAAAACAAGGAGAUAAAAAGACCUUCGAUGAGUGCGUCUCGUCUGCAGGCUCCGACUGCGCUGCAGAGAAGCUCUGGCUUCAGAUCCCCUUCUUCUGUGGUCACAACUCUGAAUGCUGGAAUGUCGGAAGCAGAUGGGCUUUGGAACAAGCCAAAUACAACCUGAUUAAUGAAUACCUGCUGGUUGGUGUAACCGAGGAGUUGGAGGAUUUUAUCAUGAUGCUGGAGGCUGCGUUACCAAGCUUCUUCAGAGGAGCUGCCGAACUCUACCGCACAGGAAAGAAAUCGCAUCUGAGAAAGACGUCUGAGAAGAAGCCACCCACAAAGGAGUCGAUCGCGAAGCUGCAGCAGUCCGACAUCUGGAAAAUGGAGAACGAAUUCUACGAAUUUGCACUGGAACAGUUUCAGUUUAUCAGAGCACACGCCGUGCGGGAAAAGGAUGGGGAGCUGUACCUCCUCGCUCAGAACUUUUUCUACGAAAAGAUCUACCCCAAGAUGAACUAGAGUGCCAGACUGCAACUGAGGAGAUAGGCAGCCUGCAGCACUGGUCUCAUUUCAUGUGCACCUGGGAGGGAGAAGGCAGAACGGGCACUGCAAAGGACACCAGGACUGAGUCUCUGAACUCUAAUCUGUCUGUGAAGAGUCCCAGGCCAUUGCCAAACAUUCACUGCACCAUUGAAACUAACUCUUCCAUUUCUGUAGCAGUUCUCCUCUAUCAGGCUUCAGAAAGUCAUAUCUGUGUGUGAACGAACAUGGAACCUUUUGUUUACAGAAAUCCGUCAGGUUUAUUCAUGUUGGACUUGCACAAUGUACUGCUGUCAUCUUCUGCUUGUUACUCAGUGUCUUCCAGUCUUGGGAAGAGGUGCACAUUCUGUCUGUCUGUCUGUCUCUGUCUGUCUGUCCACCCUUUUAACAGCAAGCUGAUGCAUUAUUAAAAACAGUGACAUCUUGCAAAGGGUGAGAUGAAGUUGAGUGGACUCGGUGUACCAAGACUCUUCCUGUCACUUUGACAAGAGUCCGGUUUCAUUUAGUGUUUUCUGUUUGUAUUUUUUUUUUGGCGGGGGUUUUUGAUUUCACUAAGACGGAAGCAACUGGACAGUUUGACCAGCCCCAUUAACAGGGAAAGGAAUUUUAAAAAGUCCAAAAGGAAACUGUGGCGGGUGGAGCUUUUCAAACUGGAGUUCAAAGAUGCCAAUGCUGAAUACAGUAUGAAACAGGAGAGAUAUGCCAUGGUCAGCUUUUGGAUGUAUCAACAUUUUCAAUAAUAAAAAAAGUCAACCAAAAGAUGAGGCUGACUGUAAAGGCCAUACCAGCAUUGGCUGGACAUUCUGUUAGAGGUCCCUUUGGGAGAGGGUGGUGGGAAGUGGGAGACACAGCUGUUUACACACACGUGAUCCAUUGUGUGAACAGGAGUUUUGUCUUCUGUUAACCAAUUGUGGUACUGUAUGUGUGUGUUUUUGUUUCUUUGUUUUCCUGCAUCUUGUAUACCUUUUACCUGUAGAAGUAUUUUUACUAGGGUGCUUUAUAAAGUGUUUCCAAGCAUUGUAAUUAAAAGAAAGAAAGAAAAGAAUCAGCUGCUGUAUAUAGUGCAUAUUUUAUGUACGGACCAAAAGGUUAUAAAAAAAAAAUAACUUUUUUUUAUGUAAUACAAGUUUUAUUACAUGUGGUGUAUGUUAUCUACUGCUAUUACUAAUAUUGCAUAUCCAUUAGCAGGGUAUUUAGGGUUUUCAUAGUUCAAGUGGUAUUUGUACAUACCUAUAUCACACAAACAGAAAUUAUGUUUAGCUGGUUUUUAGUGGUGGUGUGUUAUUUUUUAUUUUUUUUUGUACCAAACGGUAUCUGUUUGAGUUUUUUUUUUUUUUCUUGCUAGAGAUGGUAGAAACUUUUUUGAAUCCUGUCGGUAUGAUUUUAAUGUCUGAAGUCAGUCUGUAGGUAAUAAGAUCAAGUAGUGAGUUUUGCACUUGUAAACACAACCAGCUUUUUUAACUGAACACUGGGUCGGGCGUUCUACUACAUAAACCUCAUCCCCGUUACAUUUUGAUUCUGUUUUCGGUAGUGUAUAAGCCAGUGUCUGCUGUAUUUUUUUUACUCAGAAUAUAUUAUCAAGUGUUGAUUUAGGGGUGAUUUUUAUUUUUUUUUUUUUUAUUCUUUUCAAGGAUUUAAAAUCACCUUCAGGAUCCACGAUAUUUCUGCUUGAGGGCCCUGGACUGAAAUUUAUGAUGGUGUGUGUCUUGAAUGAGAUGAAAUGUGUUAAGCUACUUUCUGUAGCUUAAUACAUUUUAAGGGGGACUAUAGCAUAGCCUGCAGAUUCAGCCUGCAUCCCAUGGGCUGCUUAAUGAACUUCAGCACUGUGCUUUGAUCAGCCUGUCUGCUGUGUGCUCUUCUAUCCCGUCAGGUGAUCUAAAACAUGAAUUUGGGGAGAGGUGGGCUUCCGUGUCUCCAUAUCUCCAUAUCAGCACAGUGAUUGAUCCUUGAACAAAAUAAACCCAGAGGGAACCUUCUUGAUACUCACAUUUAAUUUGACAGGUCAGAUUGCAAAUUCUUUGUUAAAUUAAUAAGCUAUGGUCCUGUGGAACAAAAGCGGAGCCCCCCCACCCCUGCUGUCUCCAAGUAAACUUGCUGCUCUUUCUAGAUUUAUAAAUCCUCCACCACAACUUUAAAACAGCAUUGGUGUACUACGUGGCUGCUGAAGGAGACUUUGGCAAUAGGAAAGUGUUAAAAAAAUAAAUAAAUUCAAAAGGUGGUUUGAGUUAUAACUUUUUGGCUCCCAACAAUUUUGUAGUUACUGUAUGUGGCUCUCCACAAACAAAUUAAGUGCAGACCACUGUUUUAAAUGUUUUAAAAACAUAUUCAAGGUACAUUUUAGUUUCAUGCAUCAUGACAGUUUACUGAAGUAAUUUACUAGUUUGUUUAGUUUCUCCAAAAGAGUGAUUUUUUUUUUAGUUAAACAGCACUGUAGAGUUCUGGAAAAUGAUGAUGUGUUUGUUGUCAUGUGUUCAUCUUAGUAACGUUAAUCUGCAUUCAUGGGAAACAGGGUAUGCAAGUUCAUUUAUGAGAUUUAUGAAGCAGUAGAUUAGAGGACUGCUGUUUCCAUCAUGCAGCGACAGAAUUUUCAUUUCUGAUACAGAAGUAAACAAAGUUGUUCUUAAAGCAGUUUUGACAGAUCUUUGUUGUUGUAAAACUAAAAGGGAAACCUUUUUACGUGAUAUUGGUUUUCUUUUAUUGGAAGAAUUGAAAGCAUUACCUUGUUUUGAAUGUAAUCCGUGGUGAAAGAUACAAGUAAGUUAACAGUGCCUUCUUCAUCACAAUCCACACGGUCUGAUGAGAAACCAAAACCACUCAUUGUGUGCAAUGAUACCACAGCUUGUUGAAUUGGGAAUGUUUGUUACCUUAACACUUAAACUGCCAGCUUUUGUUUUGUAGUUUUUGUGGUGUUUUUGUUUUUCAUGUUUUUACCUGAUUAAAAAAUAUAAUUCUCAAAUAAAUAUCAAAUUUAAAGAAGAA